GCGUGGCGGCAGUUGCUUGGGCGGGGCCGGUAGCGGCGGGAGCUGCGCUGGCCAGGGGUUCCGGCUGCAUUUCCAUGAGCGCCGCCGGCAGCCGCGGAGCUUCGGGAACCCGGCUAGGGGCAAACCAGGACGCGGUAGUCAACCACGCGCAGCUUUUAGGUUAAUUUGAAUAAGAGAUCUGACCUGAGCGGCCCCGCUGGACAACUCUUCAAGGACAGUUAAUAUUCUCAGUAGAGAGGAACAAGGGGCAUAGAGAUCAAGAUGAAUGCCAUGCUGGAGACCCCCGAGCUCCCGGCCGUGUUUGACGGGGUGAAGCUAGCCGCAGUGGCUGCCGUGUUAUAUGUGAUCGUCCGGUGUUUGAAUCUGAAGAGCCCCACGGCCCCACCUGACCUCUGCUUCCAGGACUCGGGGCUCUCGCGCUUUCUGCUCAAGUCCUGUCCUCUUCUGACCAAAGAAUACAUCCCACCGUUGAUCUGGGGGAAAAGUGGACACAUCCAAACAGCCUUGUAUGGGAAGAUGGGAAGGGUGAGGUCGCCACACCCGUAUGGGCACCGGAAGUUCAUCACCAUGUCCGACGGAGCCACUUCGACCUUCGACCUCUUUGAGCCCUUGGCUGAGCACUGUGUUGGAGAUGACAUUACCAUGGUCAUCUGCCCUGGAAUCGCCAAUCACAGCGAGAAGCAGUACAUCCGCACCUUUGUCGACUACGCGCAGAAAAAUGGCUACCGGUGCGCCGUGCUCAACCACCUGGGCGCCUUGCCCAACAUUGAGCUGACCUCACCACGCAUGUUCACCUAUGGCUGCACCUGGGAAUUUGGAGCCAUGGUAAACUACAUCAAGAAGACCUAUCCCCAGACCCAGCUGGUCGUCGUGGGCUUCAGCCUGGGCGGCAACAUCGUGUGUAAAUACCUGGGGGAGACUCAGGCCAACCAAGAGAAGGUCCUGUGCUGUGUCAGCGUGUGCCAGGGGUACAGCGCGCUGAGGGCCCAGGAGACCUUCAUGCAGUGGGACCAGUGCCGGCGCUUCUACAACUUCCUCAUGGCGGACAACAUGAAGAAGAUCAUCCUCUCGCACAGGCAAGCUCUUUUCGGAGACCAUGUUAAGAAACCCCAGAGCCUGGAGGACACUGACUUGAGCCGCCUCUACACAGCCACGUCCCUGAUGCAGAUUGAUGACAACGUGAUGAGGAAGUUCCACGGCUACAGCUCCCUGAAGGAAUAUUAUGAGGAGGAGAGCUGCAUGCGGUACCUGCACAGGAUUUAUGUGCCUCUCAUGCUGGUCAACGCAGCUGAUGACCCCUUGGUGCAUGAAAGCCUCCUAACCAUUCCAAAAUCUCUUUCAGAGAAACGGGAGAACGUCAUGUUUGUGCUGCCUCUGCACGGGGGCCACCUGGGCUUCUUCGAGGGUUCCGUGCUGUUCCCCGAGCCCCUGACGUGGAUGGAUAAGCUGGUGGUGGAGUAUGCCAACGCCAUCUGCCAGUGGGAGCGGAACAAGUCUCAGUGCUCUGACACGGAGCAGGUGGAGGCCGACCUGGAGUGAGGCCUCCCGGACUCCGGCGCGCUCCAGCUGCCUCCCCUGGAACCCGCGUCCAUCACCGGCUGUUUCAGGUCCCCCCCCCACCCCCCACCUCCCUCAGUGACCUGGAUCUGACCUCACACCAUCAGCGGGGGACCAGCGCCUGCGCUGGAGCAGGCGGCCAGUCCCUGGGGGCUCCAGCCUAUUUUUGUGCUUAGUUACUGGUUUUCUCCACCGCCUUGUUCUCCACGGUGACUAGCGACAGGAUUCUCACCCUCCUGUCCCAGUCUUGGCGUUUGAUUGCUCUUAAGCCAAUUACAUCUAGUUUCCCUAUGAAAAAUGUGUCUGAACAGCAGUUUUGCUUUGCCAAUCGAAAGGCUUGUCCCCCAGAGCAGUGAAGGAUGAAUGCUAUUUUGCGGUGGUUGUAUGUGUCCUUAUGUAGACCCUGACAAGUGCUCGCCAACCUAAGCCGAUGCUGACGAUGCAGGUUGGCUUGGGAGCCCAAGCGCCCGGGCCUCCCACACUGCAGUCUGGCCUCUUACGUGGCCAAGAAAGUUCUCUUGAGUCACGAGCCAGGUUUCUCCCUUACAGUCUUCUAAGGCAGUGUCCCACACUUUUGCCGAUGAUGAGAAUUACCUGGGGCACUUGUUGAAAAUUCAGCCUCCCAGGUCCCUCCCCUGGGAGAGGCCGAUUCAGUGGGUCCGGGAAGGGGUCUGGAGAUUUUAAUUUUUGGCCAGUGUCCCUGGUGAUCCUCACCACCAGGCAAAUUUGGGAAACACUGUUCUGCGGGGCCUUUAAAUUAGAAACAUCUCGUAGCUCCUUUUACGGAAAUGUACACGUAGACGUGUCUCUUGGCUCCCAGGGGCCUCCAAAGUAUCAAUCAAGGCCUGUCCUCGUGCAGCUGCCUUGUGUAAUCACAGCGUGAUGUCUCAGAAGAGGGCCUGGCAGGGAGUAAAGUUUGGGCUACGCCAGACUCUGCUUUUUACUGGCUGUAUGACCCUGGAAAAGUCCCUCGAACUUCAGUUUCUUCACGUGUAAAACGGGACUUGAACCAGGUGGAUUGCCGAGGUCACUGCCGGUUCUAAAGAUCCAUGACAAACUCAGCUCACUGAGGUCUGAGAGAAAGAGCAUCCUUUCAGGGAGGCCUCCUGUAGAUGUCAUCAUUCGCCUUUUUUUUUUUUUUUUUUUUUUUCCCUGUCCCUCAUUUUCAUAUAAAGUGGUGUUUUGGGUUUUUUUUAAACAUUCGAUUAUCAUUUUACUUUUUUAACCCAAGUCUUUCUAGUUCUGGCUUUUGAUACCGAAUAGUUCAAAAGCUGGAUCUGAGUUUGGAGAAAGAUCUUUCCAACCAAAAAGGGUGUUAUUUUGAAACCAGAUUUUUAAUUUAAUAGCCUAUAUUUACAGUCUGUUGGAGAGAUCUUUCCAAAGUGUGUCUUUUCAAAUGAAAAUGUUAUUCGAGGUUUCAAGUACUCCUUUCCUCCAGUCCUGUGGUACUUGAAUAUCUAAAAACCCUGCACUUUGAAAAAUCGGCAGUUGCUAUCUGGAACUAAAUGGAACUGUGAGUGAAA